AAGCUCCAUGUGCAGGAGGAGGAAAAAUACACCCAAAAUGAACCGAAGAAAGUUUUAGUCUGUUUUUAACUUGUGAUGAUUUUUUUUUUUUUAACCAAGUUGUUGAAGUUGAAUAUAAAGCCGUCUAGUUGUAUUUCGAGCUGAAGUACCGAAGCGGCUGUGAAAGAAAUAAAGAAAAAGAAGAAAUCCCGGCGUUUAAAGUUUAAAGACCAGAGGAGGUUUAAAGGAUGCUUCUUUGCUUCUCUCUCUCUGCUGUGUGAGGAACUAAAGAGGAAACGGAGGACUGAGGAAAAGAUGGAGGGUGAACUUCGAGCAAGGAGAGAAGAGGAGGAGGAUGAGGAGGAGAGAGAAAUGAUGAAGGUAAGCAGCAAAGACUCAGCUAGAAGAGAUCUGAUUGAUGGACACACCCCGAUCUCCGCCUCCUCCUCCUUCGACUCCUCUCCUUACCUCUCUACCUCCAUCCGCCAAGGAAGAGGAGGAGGAGGCGAGGAGGACGGAGAGGAAGAUGAGGUCAGAGUCGCCAUAGUCACUAUCGAGGAUGAUUCUUGCCUGUCGGAGCCUUUCGGCACUGCACACCUUGAAACGGCCAGUCAGAUCACAAGGGUGGAGGAUGGAGGAGGCAGAACGGAGGAAAAGGGAAGAGAGGAAGGAAAGAGGCAGGGAGCAGAGGAGGAAAAGGAAGAGGAGGAUGAAGAGAGUGAUGAAAGAGAGGAGGAGGAGGAGAAUGAGGAGGAGGAGGAGGACCUAGAGGUGACGUCGCCAUUUCAUCACCUGCUGAGCCAGAUGAAGAGGAAGUUGGAUCACGGUCCAGACGGCCGGCCGUUCCCUUCGGGGAAGAAACACUGCAAAGGCAACGGAUACCUCAGUCCUUCCAGUCUGGUUCAGGCCACGCCCACCACGUUCGGCGACCUGCGGCUGGCCAAUGGGCAUUCGUCUCAGCGGCGGCGCGUCACCUCCGGCCCGCCUCCUUCUGGUCUGCAGGACUGGCUUCACGUCUUCCAGACGUGGAGCGGUCCCGAGAGGCUAUUGGCUCUGGAUGAGUUGAUUGACAGGUGUGAAACCAGUCAGGUGAAGCACAUGAUGCAGGUCAUCGAGCCCCAGUUCCAGAGAGACUUCAUAUCCUUGCUGCCCAAAGAGCUGGCUCUGUACGUGUUGACCUUCCUGGCUCCCGGCGACCUGCUUCAGGCCGCUCAGACCUGCAGGUACUGGAGGAUCCUGGCUGAGGACAACCUGCUGUGGAGGGAGAAGUGCCGCGAGGAAGGUAUAUCAGAGUGUUCGUCAUCUCGUCGCAGCAAGUGUGUGCGGCCAGGCGCGGCGGUCAGUCCGUGGAAGUCGGCCUACAUUAGACAACACCGCAUAGAAAACAACUGGAGGAAGGGGGACACCCGGGAGCCCAUGGUGUUGAAAGGUCACGACGAUCAUGUGAUCACGUGUCUCCAGUUCAGUGGCGACCUGAUCGUCAGCGGCUCCGACGACAACACGCUCAAAGUCUGGUCAGCCAUCACCGGCAAGUGUCUGCGGACGUUGACGGGUCACACCGGCGGGGUGUGGUGCAGUCAGAUGGCGGUCGCCACGGUGAUCAGCGGCUCCACCGACCGGACGCUUCGGGUGUGGGACGCCGAGAGCGGAGAGUGUGUCCACACGCUGUACGGACACACGUCCACCGUGCGCUGCAUGCAUCUCCACGGCAACCGGGUGGUGUCGGGCUCCCGGGACACCACGCUGCGUGUGUGGGACGUGUCGACGGGCCGCUGCGAGCACGUGCUGAUGGGCCACGUGGCGGCGGUGCGCUGCGUUCAGUACGACGGCCGGCGCGUGGUGUCGGGCGGCUACGACUACAUGGUGAAGGUGUGGGACCCCGAGACGGAGGCGUGUCUGCACACCUUGCAGGGACACACCAACCGAGUGUACUCGCUGCAGUUUGAUGGCGUGUUUGUGGUGAGCGGCUCGCUGGACACUUCAAUCAGAGUCUGGGACGCAGAAACAGGUGGGUGUGUCCACACGCUGACCGGCCACCAGUCGCUGACCAGCGGCAUGGAGCUGCGCGACAACGUCCUGGUGUCCGGGAACGCCGACUCCACGGUCCGAGUGUGGGACGUGAGGACGGGACAGUGUCUGCACACGCUGCAAGGUCCCAACAAGCACCAGUCGGCGGUGACGUGUCUGCAGUUCUGCAGAGGUCUGGUUCUGUCCAGCUCUGACGACGGGACGGUCAAACUGUGGGACCUGCGGACCGGAGCCUGGCUGCGGGACGUGGUGGCGCUGCAGAGCCGAGGAUCAGGCGGUGUGGUUUGGCGGAUCAGGGCGUCAGACACUCGGCUUGUGUGCGCCGCCGGCAGCAGGAACGGCACGGAGGAAACCAAACUGCUGGUGCUGGACUUCGACCUGGACGACAGGAAGAAAGAGACGGACUGAGAAGGAGGAGGGAGUGAUGUCAUCAAACAGAGCUAAAGGAACGGCGAUGACGACGACGAGGAAAAAGGAUUUUAUUUUCUAAAGAAAAGGAAACAAACACUGACUUCUUUGACCAAAGUCACGACUGGAUCCAGUUUGUCCAACAACAGUCAAGACAGGUAUGAAUGUUACAUCCUGAUUGGCUGUUUUAAUUCAACAAAAAGCCUCCAAAAACCCUGGAAACACAAUUCAUGAAGAAACGAUUCACAAAAAACAGCCAAAAUGAUGGAAGAUAAACGUGCAACGAAACACGGCUGCACUGAUUCUGCCAAAUUAAAAAAAAAACUGUUUGCCGCAGUCGGGACGGACUAAAACGACCAUCAGCCCGGAGCUGUGGCGCCAAACGACAGACUGAAACAUGGAUGUAAAUGGUUUCUAUGACAACAAGUGAAUGUUUAACAGACAUGGAUGGAUAUACGGAACGGCUCGAAGAAGAAGAAGAAGAAGACGGAUUUUUUAUAGAAAACGACGGAUUUAUAAACAGUCAAGAUGAUGGUUGAAUGUAACCAAUGGGAGACGAGGAGGGCAUUGACUUUUAUUGCUGCUAACCAAUGAGGAAGGUCAACAACGCUGUUUUAAACCAACCAAUCCAAAUGUACCAAAUCAUGAAGGCCACCAGAGACACUUUUAGAGGCAACAGAGAUGAAAAACGUCGCUAAAAGAACCUCAUAUUCAGUCAGUAUUGUUUUCAUACCAGCAGCCGUUUUAUCAGAGUGGAUGUUUGUUGGUUUUUUUUCCCGCUAUAAUCGUCUCCGUUGCCUUUAAAUGUACGUUUUUGUGUUUCGGCCCUGCAGUACUGUAACAUAUGUCGGUUUUUUUGUGGGAAACUUGAACAAACUGCUGGACGCCAUUUCAGCCGGUGAAACCCUGAACGUCACCGGUGGAUUCUGGGAAUUAAAAGUAGUUUCCCUCAACUUGUAUAAAAUCAGCCACAACCAGAGCCUUACAUCUGCACGAUCCAAAACAUUUAAAACCCUCACUAGUGUUCAAGCUUUACAGUCGUCUUUUUAAACGUUAUUUUGUUUUUUGAAGGCAGGAGGAGGAUUAAUGUAAUUACUCCAAGCUGCUUGUCACCUCUAUAAACCUUAACAGGUUUACUGCACAUUAAAAUCACUCAGACUCGUGUGUUUCAGUGAUUUAUGGCGCAAUUUUAACGUAAUGUAGGUCCUCGUGCUACUUAUUAUCCCGCCAGAAGUGAAAUUAAAUGUAGAAAACGGUGCUGAGUGCUCAGUUGGCCGCCGUUUUCUUUGCUGUAGGUCAAAUUUUAGGUCACUCCGUCUUUCUUGGACUCAUACAAAACUCACAAGGACACUACUAAGAGUCACGUUUAACCUUAAAUGGAUCAAACAAUCAAUAAUAUUUAGAUUAUCUGUCAGCAGACGAUUUAGCAGCUGUUCUCAACCUGGAACAUGAAAAAAAACAUUUAAUUACACAAAGUUGUUUCUCUUGUGAUUAAUUUAACCUCUUCAGACCCAAUUCAUAACUUUUUGGCCAUUUACCAUAGAAAUAUUACUUCUUUUUAAGGGUUUGGAAAAAUGCCGAAACAGUCGAAUUCAUUCAAUUUAUUACGCUCAGAAAAUUAACUGACAUUUAUUAAAAUAAAUAAAUCAAAUAUUUCCUGUUUCUAGAUUCUCAGAUGUUGAGAUUUGCAGUUUUCUCUUUUUUAUAUUGUUGGAAAUUCAAUAUCUUUGGAUUUUGGACAAAAGAAACUACUUUAAAAUGUCACUUUGAGGCAUUUUAUAGACGAUAUGUUAAACUGACUGAUUGAAAAAGUAACUUGAUAAUGAAAAUCAUCCCAGUUGGGAACCUCUGGUUUAAACAAUGUUUGCUUGUUAGCAUCUAAAAUAAGCUCCUGAUAGUUUAGUCUUCUGUCAGAAUUCACUAUUUAAAAGAAAGAAACUGAGAAAAGCAGCUGUGACUUUUAAAAAUAACUAAUUUACACUUUAUACACGAGAAAAACUAAACUGAGCGACCUGAAACACGGCGCUCAGCUCCGCCACGGACAGGAAAACAAUCACCAAACCUGUUUACUGAACACUAAAUCACUUGUUGUGUUGUUUUUCUUUUUGUUUGUUUGUUGUUUGUUUUCCACUGUAUCGUCCAAAAACCAAAGAGAUUCAGUUUUAAAUGAUAUAAAAAGGGAGAAAAGCAGCAAAUCCUCACAGUGGAGACGUUGCAACCAUCAGUUUAUAGUAAUUAACAGAUUAAUUGUUGCAGCUUCUGUUUUGUCUUUUCUUUGCUUCCAUAUAACAACAGCUGAAUUUAAAAUAAUCCUUUAAACAGUCACCUCACAUGUUUCCUGAGCUUAUGAAAUAUUAAAAAAAAAAAAGAAAAAGAUAAAUAAUUUAAAACAUCUCCCCUUACCAGAUAGAUAUUAGUCUAAUAAGCUGUGGUUGCCAGGCAACACCUCCAGCCAAUAAGCAGAGAUUCGGGUGAUAUUUCCCCUAGCAACAAGUGGUAUUUCAGGCUGGAAGUUGACCUUUUUGCAGGUGUGAGGCUCCGGAGAGGCGACGCUGUCCUGAUGAUGUAAUCAUGUAAAAUAGUGUAAAUACACAGAGGAUGUAAAUAUUCAGCUUUUUAUAAAGAAGAAACAAAAAUAUUGUCCGGGUGGAACGAGGAUGGAGGGAUGAAAAAGGAUCAAUAAAGAUGAGUUUUAU